GCUUCACGAUAACUUAAAAAUGGCCGCCAGACAAAACGGCGCGCCAAGUGAAUUAACGGUCAAAUAAUCUACAUAGGCCCUGCAUCAUGACGACGGCAACAGUGUACGAGACAUUAAAAAUUCAUAUAAUUGAGGCGAAGGAGUUGCGGGGAGAGUCGCCGGCACAAAUUCGAACAUUUUGCAAGUUAAAACUCGGUAACGAGUAUGUAUUCGAGACUGUAGUGAGAGGAAAAGAGACAAAUCCCUACUACAAUGAAACAUUUGAUUGUGAUUUUCAAGAACCAUUCCUCUUAGGGAAUAAUUUAUCAGUUGUUGUGUUCGAAAAAGCAGCUCACAAGGAUAAAGUUUUGGGAAAAGUCAAUUUGAGAAAGGAAGAUCUAAAAGACUACAAGGGGGAUAACUGGUUUCCUUUGAAACCUGCAGAAAAUCGUUUCGAAGCUGAAGGAUCCAUACAUAUAGAAUUAUCAUUCAUGCAAGUCUUGCAAACUGAACCGUUCAGUCCACCAAGCACUGGUGUCAAACAACAAUUAGUAGUUAAGUUAAUAGAGGCCAAAAAUUUAGCCUGCACAAACAUUAAAAACUGCACUCCAUCUGCUUGUAUAAGUUUACUUAAAGGAGCUGGAAAAAAACCAACCAAAUUCAAGUGCCCCCCAAAAAAAGGAACCAACUGCCCAAAAUUUGAAUAUCAAUGCCAAUUUCCGUAUGAUUCGGAUACAACCAAUCCAGUGUCUCAUUACAGCCCAGAACAUGUACCUGAUUAUCAAUUAGAAAUAACAUUAUUUCAAGAGGAACAGAAGAAUAUAUCAAGUUCAUCAGAAUUUUUGGGAGAAGUUCGAUUAAAAUUAUCAGACGUUCCGCAGACCAAACAUGACGCCUGGUACGCUUUGCAACCCCGCAAAGACAUAUCUGAUUCUGGAGGUCAUUUAAGGUUAAAUAUUGACUAUAAUAAGCAUCAGAUACUUCCUUCGGAAGCCUAUAAAGAAUUCGAAAGGGUUCUUAUUCAAAAUCAAGACUUAGCCUAUCAUCUCUUUAGCGCAGACGACGAAAGAAAGAGGAUAACUCGACCUCUAUUAAGAAUCAUGUAUAAAAAUUCAAAGAUAGUCGAUCUCAUUAAACAUUUCGCAACAAUGGAAACAAAUUCAAUUGACGAAGUGAGUUCAAUUUGGAGGUCAGAUUCUGUUCUCAGUAAGUGUGUUGGUGAGCUGAUGUUCGUCGCUGGGAGACGAUAUCUAAGUGCUACUAUAAAAUGUGUAAUUGAUAGAAUAUAUAACGACCAUAAAUACUGUGAAAUUGACCCCUUAAAAGCGAAAUCUGAAAAAGAAAUACAAUCUAGUAAUCAACUUCUUCGUAAUUAUGUCAUAGACAUAAUGGACGCCAUCCUAUCGUCUGGAAAGAAUUUCCCUUCGGUCGUCUCUCAAGUUUUAAGCGACCUACGCGAUUUGGCUGUAAAUAAAUUUAGUAAUAACAAUCUUGAAGAUUUACAAAAUCAGAUUGUUAGUAGUUUUGUCUUUCUCCGUUUUUUUGCACCGGCCAUUGUCAAUCCAAAAUUGUUUGAAAUUCGAAGUGAUACACCUGAUUGUAUGACAGGAAGAACCUUGACACUAAUCAGCAAGAGUAUACAAAGCUUAGGUAACCUUGUGUGCACUAGGCGUAAAAACUCAGUAGCUUUUAAAGAGGAUUUUAUGGCAAAUUUUCUAAAUGACCUAUUAAAUGAACACCCAAAGUAUCUUACAUUGGUCAAGGAUUUCCUUGGGACUGUUUGUACUGUGCCUAAAGACUUACAGGGUAACAAUUCAUCAAAUGACACUGUUUUGAAAGAAGGAAUAUUGAAUAAGAAAUCACGAGGGAACACUCUCUUUCGUUUAAGCUUUUAUUCAAGAUUCUUUUCCCUCACUCCAAGAUCAUUCAGAUAUCGUAGAGGUAAUGGAAAAAUGCAGGAAAUACGUUUACUGGACAUCUUGGCUAUUGAAGAUCUCUCGGAAGCAUCAUUUGGAAAAAAGAACAUGUUACAAAUUGUUUAUGGCGGUACUUCUAUUGUUAAAUUGUACUUGCAAGCGAAGAAUCGUAAAGAGAGAGAUGACUGGAAGAAGGUAUUACAUUUAGCUACUUCCUGCAAUACUAACCGCCUUGUUCAUUACCAUCCUGGUAUUACCCGUAAAGGAAGGUAAAGUAUUACUUUAAAAGUCAAAAGUCUUGUUUCCUUAACUCAUUCCUUUCCUUUUGAAGAUUUUUGUGCUGCGGAAGACAGGACGAAAACGGUUGCCAACCAACUACUUGCCCUAGUAUAAGUUCCCCAACAGGUGCGGAACUUUGUGAAAAUAUAGAAAAGGAUUUCGAAAAAGUUCUACAUUUUCUGGUUGAAAAUGAAAAGAACAUACAAGAUAUCGACCAAGUAAAAUCGGUGCUCAACACAUUAGUAAAUCUGCAUAAUGACUGUAGAAGGCAGCAAAUUGAACAGGUACAGACUGGAUCUCAGGAAUUUCCAAUCAAUUGCCGGUCUAAUGAAUACUAAGUGUUUUUAUUGUCUACAAUUUUUUCUCGUGCUUAUAUCGUUUGUUGUGCGUAUUUGUUCAGAUUUUUAUACAAAUUUUAAUAAAUCGAGGAGACGUUCUCGUAUUUCAAAAACUAAGGAAAAUCCCUGUUCGCCAAUUCUUGAAUAUUGUUUAAAAUGUCCCCAAAAGUCUUUUACAAUUUAAGAUCUUACUAAUUCCUAUCUUGCCCUUCCCAAACCCCCUCCCCACCUCCUCAUCCUCAAAAAACACCUACUAUCUUUUUUUAUUGUCCUAUUUACGGAAUUCAGUGAUGUAGUGGUGUUUAAUGUUUUUUAUUAAUGAAUAUUGUUUUUGUUAGUAAGACAAUGUCUCAAUUUUAAUCACUUGAUCUAUUAUAAUAAAAAGAAAUAAUCACAAAACAAAGUCAAGAUCCCUUGUUUGUUCUUUUCUUUCAUUCUAAUAAGGAAUGAACCAGUUUUCUUUCGUUGUUAGGAUAAUUAGCCUCAGAUUAGAUUGAGGCAAACAAAAAUUAGGAUGGAAGCCCAUAAAGGGACUCUAGUCCACGGAAGGAUUUAGUAAAAGGCGAAAUCCUUGCACGAUUUGACCUAGAGCCAGAGCAUAACUUAUGUACAAUCUACUUUCUGUUUUAAAAGAAAUUUUGAAAGGGUUUUGUCCAUUAAACUAAUUUGCAUAUUAAGUUUAGUGGAGCAGUUUGGAACAGAAGAGAGGAGGAUAAACAGAAGAUAUAGAAGGUCUUUUUAGUGUUGGUUAAUAGUUUUUUGUAUUAAUUAAUAAAGAAAAUUAUGGCUAAUUUACUAAAAAUAUACUCUUUUUUAAUAUCUAAUUAAUUACGGCAAUUACCAUAAUUAAGACUUUUCUCUGAGUAAUUUGCAGUUAUCUCCGAAUUAACAGCAAAAAUAAUAAAUAUUACAAUAAUAUAAGCUGUUAUGUCUAGAGAAUGUUAUGAGUAUUAGAUUUCAUCAUUCGAUUCAAAUUCCGAAUCAAGUGCGUACAGUUCUUUUUCGUAACUCUUUGCAAUGCUAAGAUCGUCAUCACUCUUAGAAUUACUACGAACUGAACUCCUUUUUGUCGAUCUAUCCGUCGUUUGCCUACUCGAUACAGGUCUUGCAGUAGAAUUUCUAGAAGAGUCUAAAGUCUCCAAUAGCUUUCUUUCGGAACCUGAAUCUGAGUAAGAGAGUGAAGGGGGAUUUUCUAUUUUAUUAGUAUCUUUAGUAUAAGAAUCCGUAUCAUCAAAGCUUAAAUUAUCGUUAUUUUCGUCGUAUGCAUAAGAAUAAUUAUAGGUACCAUUUCUUUUAGCAUCCGUCGAAUCAUCAAAAGUAACUUUAUUUUCAGUACGAUUUAAACUACCAUUGUUCUGAUUUUUCGUUGAUUUGCUAUAUCUUUCCUUCAAUAGGUUACUACCAAUUUUAUGAUUUAAGAUAUAUGUUAUACUUAGAGAACUUCUUCCAAAUCUCUGAGAUAUUGAUUUAUUAUUUUGAUUAUAAGGAAGAACACCAUAAGUACAAUUAUGUCGUCUAGGCUGUUCAGAGUAGAAUGUCCCUCUUUUCAUACAUUCAGGCGUUGAAUUCGAUAAUUUUUGCAUUAGACGAUCUCUCUCAGCUUCACGCAAUUUAUCCUUGGAUGAUAAACUAGGAGCAGUUUUUUGAAAACUUGUAGGAUAUCGAUAUUUAAUAGAGCAUGCUGUUUUUUUAAGUAGAGAAUCCGUUUUUUCAACAACAUUCGUUGAUUUUUGCUUUUCUGCAUCAUUUUGAUGAGGAUUCGCUGAUUUUUUUCUAUUUGUUGAACCUUUCCAAGAACCGCUAGUAGCCAUUUUUAUAUAAUAUAUUGGCUCUCUAAGGUCAACUGGUAAUUUUUUCCUCGAAACACCAGGAAAAUGAUAAUCAGUUUGGGAGUAUUCACGUCUAUUCAAGUUCUUUGUCAUGAUUAUAUUUUUAAACUGAGUAAAACGAUGUGCAGUUGACACAAAACCGUUGAUUGCUAAGCAACCUACAGAGAGAUUGCUUGUUGACAACUUUAUCGAUUGUCAUAAUAGGCUUAAAAAUGCACCAAAUUCGUCUUAAGUUACCAAUUAGCGUCGAAAUGUGAAAGAAAAAAAUUAAAUAUACUUGUA